AUGGAUCGGGACUUGGGACCCUCAUUGCUAUAUAACUACGAUUUGCAGGUUGGUGCCACAUUCAUGGAGGGCUGGACAGCUACCGCUUGUGGAUCUGGGGCCAGGACAUACACGGACAAGAUGUUGCUGGCUGCGAAAAGCUGGCAGGAGGUGGCUGGUUGGGCACCCCGAAACGGAGACGCGCUCUUGACCAAGAUUCGCAAAAAAUUGAAGGAAUGA